AUGGCAAAUUUUAAAAUAUGUCCAGUGGUCAAUCUUUCAAAUACAUCUGCUAAUUGUUCUAUUAAAGUAAGGCUUGUUGGUAAAGGUUAUUUACGCAGCAUCCGUACCGGAGGAGGAAAAUUCUUCAAAAUGGAAUUGCAAGACGCAUCUGGAGUAAUAGAUGCCACAUCUUAUGGCGAUAAAUUUUUUGAUAUGCUCGAAGUCGGUAAAGUCUUCCUGAUCCGCAAUUUCGAAGUAAAAAAUGCCCAUGAAGAGUAUAAUAACUUAAAUCAUCAAUAUGAAAUUAAAUUUACAAGUUCGACUCAAAUCGAUCAAUGGUCGGAUGAAGGUGUCCCCGAAAUAACGUACAAUUUUGUAGAAAUAUCCCAAGUGGCCAAUGUGGGAUUCGAUUUGAUUGGUGUAUGCCAUAAUGUUGGUGAAAUACAACCGUGCGGCCAACGCCAGAAACGUCUCUUGACUUUGGUGGAUAGAAGUAUGGCGGCGGUAGAUGUAGAAGUAUGGAAUGAGGAGGCGGCAAAAUUCGAUAAUAACCAGCAUCCAGUUGUUAUUGUAAAAACGGGCAGAUAUAACGAAUAUUUCAGAACUGUCAGCACAAAUAAUGCUCUAAUUAUCGAUCCUGACAUUGAGAAAGCUAAUGUUUUAAAAAGUUGGUACUCAAAAGGUGGAUCGGCGAACAUUUCCAGCAACCUAAAUAU